CCUUCGGUGAUUUCCUAUUCAGUCCAAUCUAAAUUAAUACACCUUAAAUUACCAUCAAUAUGACAUCACAGCUGGAGAAUCCUUACAGACACACACACACACACACACCAGUGGCUGGUCAAGACACGUAAUUUCCGGAGCCUUUAAAAUCAAACUCGCAUUCACAAUUGAGAGUUGGAAACUAAGACCACGGGUACUGUCAAAUCUCAAAAAUGAAAGACGGGUUUAAGAGAUGUGUCAAUAAAAUACACAAGUAAAGCAAACACACUAUUUGCUUUUGUUUAGGAGAAAAUGGCACCGCGAAACACCCUAAUCCUGCACACACCACGUUAUACACGACAUAAAUUGCAUAGAAACAAUAAUUUUAUUUGUCAUUCGUUACCAUUUAUUGAUUAUUAACAAAAUAAAAUAACAAAACAUUAAAAAUACUAAUGUUUCUACUCACCAACAUAAAUGUCCAACAUGGAUCUCCUCCUCUCCUGUAAAAUACAUCCUUUCUUUCCUCAGGAAAACCUCUAUGGCUCUGUCAUACAGCUUAUCUAUGCGCUUCAGAUCCAUGAGUAGAUCCUUUUCUAUGGACAUGGAGGCUAAUGCUGAAAGUCGUGUCUGUCCGGUCGUGUGUUUCUGGCGUACGUUUUAACGCGCUUUAAUGCUGAGAAUGAGUGCUCAACAGAGGCAGUGGACACUGGGAUAGUCACAGCCAAACAGGCCAGUGCGUAAAGUUGUCCCAUACUCUCACUCAGGUUUUUGCUCAGAAGAAAAUCAUGUAGAUCAGUGGGACUUUUUCCUUCAAACUCAGCCAUGGCGUACAUUACAGUCAGUCCAGUUUUAAGUUGGGGAAGAUCAAACAGUGGUCCGUGGCUCUGUGUUAAGCUGGAGAAGGCUGCUGUCUGGAAUUUUUUUCUGUAUGUCUGAAAGUGCCGGGGGUCAAGAAGGGAGAGAAACGUCAACAUAUCAUGGUCCUAAAAUUGAUUCCUUUUCUGGGAAAGGAGAGAGAGAGAGAAAGACAAAGAGAGAGAUACACAGAUAGAUAUAUCUGAUGCCGUUCCCCUAUGUCAAAUAGGAUCUGUCAGCUGGUAUCCAGCAUUAUGUGUGCUCAAGGGCGUAGUGUGUUUGGUAGUUAUUUUCAUUAUGGGAGUAAAACAUCAGGGAAGUGAUACCUAAAAAUAUUUUCUUAUCACAGAAAUAAUAUUGACUCUCUGUAUUUUCCUAUUUAUUUAAUUUUAUACAGGCAAAGACAGUAUGGAAGGAAUGUUUCCAUUGGCUUUACUGCGUUUGUGACACAUGGUUAUUGUUCUGUCUGUUUAGCCAAUCAGGGACUUUGCUCAGCCUGGAUUUCUCCCCCUCCCCCCUCCCCUCUAUCUCCGUCGUCCAGCCUUCCCUUCUCCUUUCCCUCUUCUCUCUGCUUUCUGGCUUGUAACUGUCAUCCUUUGCUUAAUGCAGUUUUAAAAAAAUAGUAUAGGUGGUUAAAAAAACAGUGGAUCAGGGAGGGAUUAAUUGAGCAUUAACCAGCAGAGGUCUGGCAUGGAAAAGCAUCCGGGUUCUUUGUGCAGAAACCCUCAUACCCUGAGUACUUGGAAGGGUCAAGAGUUGUACUUUCUGAGAAUGCAGAGGAACAGAGAAAAGAUGGAGCGAGAAAAAGUGGAAAGAGAACUAAAUCAGGGUAAGAAGAAACUGCGAGUGUGUGUGGCGACGUGCAACAGAGCAGAUUACUCCAAGUUAGCCCCCAUCAUGUUUGGGAUUAAAUCCCAUCCUGAGGAGUUUGAACUGGAAGUUGUGGUUCUUGGUUCCCAUCUCAUCGAUGACUACGGCAACACUUUCCGAAUGAUUGAACAGGAUAAUUUCGACAUCGGCUCCAAACUCCACACCAUUGUUAGAGGAGAGGAUGAAGCAGCCAUGGUGGAGAGUGUGGGACUGGCUCUGGUGAAACUCCCCGACGUUCUCCAGAGGCUGCAGCCCGACAUCCUAGUGGUGCAUGGUGACCGUUUUGACGCUCUUGCUUUGGCAACUGCUGCAGCGCUCAUGAACAUCAGAAUACUUCAUUUGGAGGGAGGAGAGGUUAGCGGAACGAUUGAUGAUUCAAUCCGCCAUGCCAUCAGUAAACUGGCCCAUUAUCAUGCCUGCUGCACACGCAUGGCGGAGCAGCACCUCAUUGCCAUGUGUGAGGACCACUCCCGCAUCCUCCUGGCAGGAUGUCCCUCAUACGACAAGCUGCUUUCGUCUCAUCACAGAGAGGACUACAUGGACAUCAUAAGGAGCUGGCUCGGUGACAAAGUGCAGAACAAUGACUACAUUGUGGCAUUGCAACACCCUGUUACCACAGACAUCCAGCACUCUAUAAAGAUCUACGGGCUGAUGCUGGAUGCUCUGCUCUCCUUUAACAAGAGAACUCUCAUCCUCUUUCCAAACAUUGAUGCAGGAAGUAAGGAGAUGGUGCGUGUCAUGAGAAAGAAGGGCAUCGAGCAGCAUCCCAACUUCCGGGCUGUGAAGCACAUUCCUUUUGAGCAGUUCAUCCAGCUCGUCUGCCAUGCUGGCUGCAUGAUCGGAAACAGCAGCUGUGGUGUGCGGGAGGCCGGGGCCUUCGGGACACCAGUCAUUAACCUGGGAACGAGGCAAACUGGCAGAGAAACUGGUGAAAAUGUUCUACAUGUCAGAGACGCUGACACUCAUAAUAAGAUCUACCACGCCUUGGAGCUACAGUUUGGAAAAAGAUAUCCUGGCUCUAAAAUCUAUGGGGAUGGCCACGCCGUUCCACGUAUUCUCAAGUUUCUGCGCACCAUUGACCUUGACGAGCCGCUGCAGAAGACCUUUUGCUUCCCUCCUGUGAAGGACUCCAUCUCUCAGGACAUUGACCACAUUCUGGAGACCCAGAGUGCUCUGUCUGUUGACCUGGGGGGCACCAAUCUCAGAGUGGCCAUUAUCUGCAUGAAGGGCAGCAUCGUGAAAAAAUACUCAGAACACAAUCCGACGACUUUCGAGGACCGGAUGCAUCUGAUCUUGCAGAUGUGCAAAACUGCCAUCCAGGACGCUGUUUGCCUGAACUGUAGAAUACUCGGUGUUGGAAUAUCGACGGGUGGCCGCGUGAAUCCUCAGGAAGGCGUUGUCCUUCAUUCUACGAAGCUGAUCCAGGAGUGGUCAUCCGUGAACCUGAGGACUCCCAUCUCAGACGCUCUGGGUCUACCGGUCUGGGUCGACAACGACGGGAACUGUGCUGCACUGGCGGAGCGGAAGUUUGGUCACGGCAAGGGAGUGGAAAACUUUGUCACAGUCAUUACAGGAACAGGUAUUGGAGGAGGAAUCAUCCAUCACUAUGAGCUGAUCCAUGGCAGCACCUUUUGUGCUGCUGAACUGGGUCAUGUUAUAGUUUCACUGGAGGGUCCAGAGUGUUCCUGCGGCAGCCGUGGGUGCAUAGAGGCUUAUGCGUCUGGCUUGGCCCUGCAGAGAGAGGCCAAAAGGCUGAACGAUGAGGACCUGCUGAAGGUGGAGGGGAUGGAUGUGAAACUCUCUGAGCCAAUCACAGCUGCUCACCUCAUCAGUGCAGCCCGAAUGGGUAACUCUAAAGCUGAUGCUGUGCUGCGUAAAGCGUCCUCGGCUCUUGGUGUUGGGAUUGUCAACAUCCUCCACAUAGUCAACCCUUCUCUGGUCAUCCUGUCAGGAGUUUUAGCUUCUUACUACAAGGAGCCUGUGCAGCACAUCAUCUCCCAGAGAGCGCUAGCCUCCGCCCAGACUAUCAAGGUUGUAACAUCCGACCUGGAAGAACCAGCAUUACUUGGCGCUGCUAGCAUGGUGUUAGAUUACGCAACAAGAAGAACGUAUUGAUGGAACCGUUGCUGGUUCUGGACCCUUUAGGAAACUUUUUAAAUUCUAUUGUUUACCAAAAACAUUAAUGUUAUGGUUUAUAAUGAACACGAGGUUUUAAGUAUAGACUCACUUAAUUUUAACGUAUUAGUAUUUAAAUGUAAAGUAUUAUUUUUCAUAAAUUGCAUCUCUAUUUGUGGGAAAUACUGUUGGUUCUAGAAAUGAACUGGUUUUGGGGCUUGAAAGCGUUUUUUGGUUUAUGUUAAAGAAGGAAUUAAAUAGUUUUCCCACAACACUUUCAAACAGGGCAUGUGGCACAAAAGACAGACACAUAAUCAGGGGUUGUUGUUGAUUCGAUGAUCCAGCGAAGCUGACAGUAGAAGUCUGAGAGGAAUUAGUGAGUGGAACUUGGGAGGAAAUUCCCUUUUGAUUUGGACUUUUGAUAAGGACACAAUUUUUACCCAGAUCAGGUGGAGAAAAAUCAGUUUUUGGGAUUUAUUUCAUGAAAAUAUCAUUCAUUACAUUUGUUGCCUUUGGACAUUCAGAGAAAAGAGUUUUAAGACUUGAUUAAGCCUUUCAUGUAUUUUCGUGUCCCUGCAUGUUUUGUUUUAGCAAUUGGAGCUCCUAUCACUGGGUUUUAGGAGUUCUCAGUAACUAGUUCUUUAAACUGUCCUUCAAAUGGCUAUCGGACCUUUUCAAAGAAUUAAAAAAAAAAACUCAUUCUUAAAGAAUCACAAAGCAGGUUCCUGCUCCUCUGCCCCACUGGCUGAAUGUGGAAUUACAACACAAGAAGAAACUUUUCCUAUAGCGCCUCUCACAAUAAAAAUCACGAGGCACUUCACAAGAACAAAAAUAAAAACAAUUUAUAAAAUGAUUUUUAUAAUAUCAGAAAAAUAACUAAUUGUUAUAAAAAAUGUAAGGAAAGGGAAAGCGAAAAUGAAUAAGAGAGGUAAUCAGUGGAUCCCGGAAAAGGCGGAAAUGGUUGAAAGAGCUGAAUAAGGAGAGGUUAGGGAUGUAGGUCAUGCAAAAGCCAGCCUGAGCAGGUGAGUUUUCAGGUGCUUUUUGAAAGAGACCACUGAGUCCAACUGUCGCAAACAACUGCAGUCUGCUGUAGCUAGCGCUAACAACGAGCUAAAUCUAACAUGAGCCAACUAAUACUAAUAACCCAUGAAGUAAAAAGAACCACACUAUUGAACAAAACCUAUUACUUACAGGUCCGGUUGCAACAAAGCCAGGUCACAAUCAGUUUGUGAUUUUGUAGCCUCCUUUAGCUCCUAGUGUAGGCCAUGCCAAUGUUCACUCUGGUUUUAGCUCUUUGCUUCACCUCCAAAGACAUUACUCUCUUACUUUUAUUUCUAAGCUCUGCCAUGAUGCCAACAGAAAAAGCAAACUUCUUUUUCUUCUUGUGCUUUUUAUUGAUGAUCAGUGUACUGAAAAUGCUAAUAACUCUAGCAUUACAGCUAACAGCCGUAAAGCAGGUAAAAAGUGCCCCCUAGAACACCUACCUGCUCCACAAAACUAUCUAGUGCAGUAUUUGGCUAGCAAAGAGCUGGUUUAUGUUAAUCUGAUCUGAUCAUGUUAAUCUGUUAAUCACGAUCAUUAGAUGAAAAGGGGAGGAGGGCAUUUUUUUCAAGGAGACGAGCGACUCAGAGCGCUAAUGUGUCAAAUCAGCAGGUGAGUGGCUGAGCCAGGUGGAGGUGCGGCUGCUUCACCUUGAGACCAAUGCACUGCAGCCACGUAGUAAUUUGCUGACGUCACGUUUUUCAGCUUAGCCAUCAGCCACAGCUGAUUCUGAAUAAAUGUGGAGCAGAGUUUUAACCUGAAGACGGAGAUAGAAUUAUGGUUUGGGGCUGAAAUAUUAAAUUUAAAGUAAGUUGCACUAAGCUGCCACACUAAUGAUUACAAGUGUACAGCACCAUUAGACACUCAUCUGUACAGGUUAUCAGCAAACAAACAGUUAAUUUAGGCGUUACUUGCUCUUUAAAGUCUUCCGACAGUUUGGAUGCUAAUCACCUCAGUUUUGUGCUAAAAUGUCCAAUUGAAGUUUAUUUGUGUAGUGUCUUUCAAAAAUCACAAGGUUCUACACAAGCCAAAAAAAACAAAACAAAACAAAAAAAACAAGAAGGGGCAGAAAUGACUAAAAUAAACUAACGAUCAGCGACGGAUCAUCAGGAGGUCCCACGAGCAAUGCAGAUGAGUUUUCAGCUGCCUUUUAAGGGAGACCACUGAGUCCUUGGAUCUCAGGCUCAGGGUGAGAGAGUUCCAGAGCCUGGUGGCCACAGCAGCAAAUGUUUUACUUCAAAAUGUUUUAGUAAAUAGGACCUAACUUCAUUUCAAAAUUAUUAAGUACUGAUUCCAACAAGUGUCUAAAGCUAGGAUGGAAAUGUGUGCAUUCAAAUUGAUCUGUAACGCAAGCUUAAUAUAGUUUUCAGUUGCUGAUAACAUCAGUGGGCAGUUUGUUUUGACUGUUGAAAAGGCUAAUGAUCCUGGAUAAAGGUGUGAUGGGCCAGUAUUUCAUGUCUUUUAUUUAGUGCCUGCAGCGAUAUCGAUGUGUCAUGAAGGUCAGAAUUUUUUUGUUGUUAAACUUCAGAUGUGACCAAAUGUUUGCAAAUACAUUCUCCUGUGCAGUAGCUUUGUUUAUUGCAACAGAUUGUCAAAUUGUUUCUCUUUGAACUGAAGGUACAAUGCCAAAAGGUCCAUUUCCAUGUAUUAUUGUUUUUACUUAAGAUGGUGCAGAAAUGGAUGAAUGUUGUCAACAAUUGUUUAGCUUUAAAGCUGCUACAGGAUGAUGAAGGCCCGAGGACAGUGCUGUUUAAAUGUUACAUUACUGCUAGACUUAUGACAAGAAACCAGGUUUGUACGCACUUACACAAACUGCUACAUAUGCUGUGUAAAGUUUUCAAAAUCAUUUUCAAUGUUGAUAAAUGUUGGGUCAAAUGAUGAAUAAAAACUUUUGGAUAUUGAUGAUAAA